UUCCGUAGGUUUGACGCACAUGGACAUACGUAAGCGGAACUCCAGUUGUAAACAAAAACGGGCAAUCACUAUCUCCCUCUUUUGAGCAAAGAAUAAAUAAAUAAAUAAAAUAAAAAACCAAACAUAAUUACAUCUUGUCGACGGCAGCUUGUUAAAGAUGUGUGGUAGUGGUUGAUGCCAGUGCCAGGAAAUUACUACAAAAAGACAUACGUUGUGCUGCUGGUCCCCAGAAACAACUGUAACCAACAUGUCAAGGAAACAGACACCAAAACCUGUGCGGAGCAACAAGAAGAGUGAACUGGAACGCAAAAGGGAUGAGCGGGCAGCACGCCGGGCUAUCGUAAAGGACCGCAAGAAUCGGCCUCAGGAUUGUGAUGAAGGGGCAGAGUUUGUCAGUUUCUCUAAUCAGCUCCAGGCGCUUGGACUCAAGCUAAGAGAAGUCCCUGGAGAUGGGAACUGUCUGUUCAGAGCUCUAGGUGAUCAGCUAGAGGGUCACUCCAGAGGUCACCUCCGGCUUCGGCAGGAGACUGUCCAGUAUAUGAUGUCCCAUCGACAGGACUUUGAACCUUUUGUCGAGGAUGACGUGCCCUUUGCACAGCACUUGGCAAACCUCUCUCAGCCUGGAACGUUUGCUGGCAAUGAUGCUAUCGUGGCUUUUGCUCGCAGUCAACAAGUAAAAGUGGUCAUCCAUCAGCUCAACACACCACUGUGGGAGAUAAAUGGUUCAGAGAAGCAGGUGUGCAGAGAGCUACACAUUGCCUACCGCUAUGGUGACCAUUAUGACAGUGUGAGGCGGACUGGAGACAACUCUGAGAGUCCUGCUCAGCUCCGCAUAGAAAAUCUGCAGAAUUCACGAGGACAGCAGCGUGAGUUUGGGGAUGGUCUGAGAGACAGACAGAAAAAUCCUUCUCCCACAGUCUCAGAGGAGGACAACGUGAUCCUGAGCUCCAUCAAGAAUCGAGGAAUACAGGGUGAUGAGGAGAAUCUUCUGCAACUGAGUGCAGCAACCAUCAAUGCCGAGUGGCUCGCUGGUUCCAAGUUGGGCCAGUCCUGUCGGGGCCAGUGUGCCUCAGGAUCCUGCUCAGCCUGCAGAGCAGCAACUACUGACUGCAGCGAGCAAAAACAGCUGGCAGAGGGCAGCAAUGUACAAAAACCAAAGGUGUCUAACAAGCAGAGGAAAGAGCAGCAGCGACAAGAGAAGAAGAAACGUCAGGAGGAGAGGCAUCGGCAGAAGUUUCUCCAGAGUAAAGGAAGUCAGGACCAGAACCAGAACCUGCCAGAGGAUGUUACUUUAGUACCAGCUCUCAACACUCUCAGUAUAUAGACUGGAGCAUGGCCAAAAUAACCUGCUGCUACUCUAGCUACCGGUGGCUGAUGCUGUCCACAAAGUUUUGCACAUAGUCAGAUUUGAUUCACUCACAGCUGAUGACUUUUCCUGAUGAGAACCCUAUAAUGUCUUUGCAAAUGGUUUAACGGUGCCUGCAAAUCCGAGUGUGUGAGAUGAGUGAAAGCUGUAAAACCCAAGAGGGUGGAAGAACAUGUCUGUCAGUGUUUUGGCUGGGUUUUGAUUUAGUUCAGUCCCUGGUUGGUGUACAUAGAAAUAUAGAAACUCCUCUGAUCUGGUCAACCCACCUUGCUACCCAGCCCCUUUCUAUGCUGGACAUCUGGCUUUUCAUGACAACCAUACAGAUAAUCUCAUGCAGCUGGGCUUUUUGAUUCGCCACACAUUGAGUGAUUGUCAGUUCAGAUGAUCGUGUUUGAUCUGAUCAAAAACGGAAGUAAAAGGAGGUUGAGUUGAGUGAUUGUUAUGCACACUGUGUAAGGCAUGUGGCAAUAAAUAAUAAUAAAUGAAAAUUUCCAUUUUUGUGUGCACCA